CAGCACACAGAGCCAGCAUGUCGUACAACGACUCGAUCGUGGCCAGGCCUUCAGGCGCACGACAGACGUGCUCCGAGACGACGGAGUCCUUUGUGCGCUUCUUUUCCGACUCGGGCGGCUCGCUCGACAAGCGUUGUGGCCUGGCCGAGUUCGCAGAGAUGGGCGUCGGCAUGGUUGCAGUCGCGCCAAUCCCCGAGGAUGCGGUGCUCUUCAGCAUACCGAGGCACCUCUUGCUCAGCGUGCGCACCUCUCUUCUGCCGGAGCUUUGCCGUGCUACCGACAGUGCGGCUGCACAGAGUAGCGGCUUGACGUGGGACAAAGACGUUGGCGUGGGGUGGCUGCCGCUCAUCACGACGAUGAUGUGGGAACGGUGGCGGACCUCUCCCGAGGGCAGAAGCGCAUGGGAGCAGCGACAGCAGCAGCAGCAGCAGCACUCAAAUGGGUCCCAAUCUCGCUCGCAAGAGUGGGGGCCUUACUUUGACGUGCUGCCCAAGACGUUUGACACGCCCAUGUUCUGGUCCAGCGACGAGCUCGAGGAGCUUCGGGGCACCACCGUCGUGGACAAGAUUGGCAAGGAUGAGGCCUCGAAGGACUACUUUGACAUCUUACUGCCCUACAUCAGGUCUCGAGCAGACAUCUUCUUUGGAAGCGCGAAAAGCCAAGAGGCGCAGGAGCAGAUGGUGAAGACAUUCUACUCAAUCGAAGACUUCCACCUGAUGGGCAGCCGCAUCCUCAGUCGGUCGUUCCAUGUCAAGAAGCCAGAGGCCGGGCAAGAGGGGCCCGUAGGCGACAUCAUGGACGACGAGGGUGAGGCCGAUGGCAACGAAGACGACGAGAUGGACGAAGACGGGCAGGACAAGGAUGACAACGACGGAGAAGAAGCGGAGGAGGAAGAAGAGGAAGGCGCUGAAGCCAUUGAGGCUGUCACGAUAGUGCCCAUGGCUGACAUGCUCAACGCUCGCUUUGGAUGCGAUAAUGCACGGCUCUUUUACAAGGAAGACGUCUUGGAGAUGCGAGCGACGCGAAACAUCGAGCAGAAUGAGCAAAUUUGGAACACAUACGGCGAGCCGCCGUCGUCGGACCUGCUGAGGAGAUACGGCUACGUCGACCUGGCGAAUGUCAACGACGUCGUCGAGGUCGCCGUCUCGCACCUCGUCGGCGCCUGCUUGGACCUUGAGCAAAUCUCUGAAGAGCGUACGAGGACGAAAAGAGAAGCAGAGCUGAUGGCUCGCGCUGAGUGGUGGGCUUCCGAAGGACUCGACGAGGUCUUUGCACUCUCCUACGCCUUUCCACCUUCGUCUCAGCCUCCACACCGCCCCGAGCCAGUGGACCCGAGCGCGAAGGAGCUCAAGGCGGCCGCAUCGGCGUUCUCCGAAGAGAUCCUCGUCGCAGCGAGGAUCCUUUGCUUGUCUGAAGAGAACUUCGAGAGAGCAAAGAAGAAGGCUAAGAUGCCGAACGCGCGCAUCGAAGCUGAAGAGCAGCAUGGCAGCAACAAGACGAUGGGCGUAGCGGAGCUUCUCAUCAGGGCACUGGAGAAGAGACGUCAAGAAUACCCGACGUCGAUCGAAGAGGACGAGGAGCUUCUGUAUGGCCAACAGAGGUCCGAGGUCAAAGAUCUGCGGGCGAGAAACGCGAUUGUGGUUCGGCUGAGCGAGAAGAGAAUCAUCGAGGACAACAUUCGCGUCCUGCGAGGAGCUAUCGAGCUGGGUAGGGCCGCUGCAGCUGAUGCCAAGAAGCGAACGACGACGUCCGAGAGCAACGGGCGGGCGGGCAAGAAGGCGAAGAGGUAGUCUUUAGAUCAACAUCGUUGCUGUACUUGUACCUUUGCUCAAUCAAUCUUCAUCAGCAUCUCUUACAUGGACAGAAAGCAUUCUGCAGCGG